AUGUCUAGACGCCUUUUGAAGGAGUUGGAGCGGUCCUACGGUUUCGACGAAGUUGCCAUUGUUCCUGGCGAUGUGACCAUCAAUCCCGAAUUGACAUCCACCAAAAUGUCCAUUGGGGAAUGUACCUUUGAAGCGCCGAUGCUGGCUUCUGCAAUGGACGGCACCGUAUCGCCCAGGUUCGCUGUCAUGAUGCACGAAAUGGGCGGGUUGGGCGUGCUCAAUGGGGAAGGCCUGUACUCCCGCUAUGAGGACCCCUAUUCGAUUCUCGAAGAAAUUACCUCCAUGCCCCAGUCUGAGGUGACCGAGUAUCUUCAGCAGGUUUACUCCGAGCCGGUUAAAGAGAACCUGAUCGGCCAGCGGGUAGAGGAAAUCAAGAGCGCAGGUUCCACCUGCGCGAUUGCAUUUACGCCCCAGAACACCAAGCGAAUGUCUCCCCUUGCCGUGGAGGCCGGCGCGGACAUAAUAGUGGUACAGUCCACCGUUACCACCGCACGGCACCAGUCCCGCAGCUACCGUGGCCUGGUAUUUUCGGAAAUGAUUGAAUCUCUAAGUGUUCCCGUGGUGGUCGGCAACUGUGUCAGCUACGGCGUGGCUCUCGAGUUGAUGGAAACCGGUGUGGACGGCAUAUUGGUGGGGGUCGGCCCUGGCGCCGCCUGUACCACUCGUGAGGUAACCGGAGUCGGCGUUCCCCAGGUCAGCGCUACCCUGGAAUGCGCUGCCGCUCGCCAGGACUAUUUUCACCGCACCGGCAGGUAUGUCAACGUGAUUACCGACGGGGGUAUUCGAACCGGUGGCGAUCUGUGCAAGGCCAUUGCCAGCGGCGCCGACGGCGUCAUGGUGGGCACUCCCUUUGCACAGGCCGAAGAGGCCCCGGGUCGCGGUUACAACUGGGGUAUGGCCAAUGCCCAUGCCGAGUUGCCCCGAGGUACCCGCAUAAAGGUAGGUACCAAGGCGACACUGAAAGAAAUAAUGUACGGUCCCACUUCUGUCACCAACGGCACCCAGAAUCUGGUGGGCGCCUUGCAGGUGGCCAUGGGCAUGUGCGGCGCCUACACUAUCCGGGACUUUCACCAGGCGGAAAUGGUCAUCGCGCCAGCAAUCAAGACCGAGGGCAAGUAUUUCCAGUUGGCCGAGUAG